GGAUUGCAGAGAUGUCUUUUGGCUUGCUCUUUCGGUAGAAAAAAAAAAACCUAAAACUUCUACAGAACAGAGAACACUGCACUUUCGAUUCUCCUCUUUGGGAUUGCAGAGAUUUUCUCAUAGUUUAUCCUAUCUUCCUUGUUCGAUUCUCCGAUUCUCCUUCAAAGUUCGAACUCAAACCCUAGAUUUGCUGGGAUUCCAAGGAUUUGCCAAGGGAAUCGAAGUUGCGAUUGUUGAAAAGUCACUCGAAAGCAGGAUCGAUGGACCCCAAUGACCCCGAAAUUGUUGAUGUCGACCUGGAACCAAGCGAAGAGAUUCUGGAAGACGAGGGUGAGCAUGAUUCAGGAAAUGAGGCAGAAACCAAAUUUGUACCAAUUUUCAUUCAUUUGGGUGAGAGGUUUAUACAGGAAGUUGGUAAUUCAAUUUCAUAUGUUGAUGGUGAAUGUGAUGACUGGAUUAUUAAUAGGGAUAAGUUGACACUGUUUGAACUUUAUACUAAGAUUGGUAUUGCUGGAUAUGAUGCUGAUAUGGUCGACCAAAUAUGGUAUUUAGAACCAAGAAAAACAAUUACAGAUGGUUUGAAACCUAUUAGGAAUGAUCAUGACAUUAGGGAUGUUUUGGGGGUGUUGAAGGUGGAGAAAAAGGUACAUAUUUAUGUGUCUCAUGUCCCGGAUUUUGCUGAAAUUAUACCUAUCUUACCAUUACUAGCCCCGAGUGAUAAGAUUACGGUUGCCGACAAUCCUGUUGAGGUUGAGGGGAGAGUAGAAAAUGAUCAUGUUGAUGUGGAAGGCAGAGUUGAGGAUGCUGGUCGUGCGGUUGAGGUUGAAGGCAGAGUUGAGGAUGCUGGUCAUGCGGUUGAGCCUGGACAUAGAAGUGAAAGAAUUUUGUCAUUUGGAUAUGCUCAAAAGAGGGCUACGGGAGUUGGAGAUAAAGGAAUCCCCGCUAUAACUCUAACGCCUGCACCAACAGCACCUGCACCAACAGCACCUGCACCAAUAGUACCUACAGUACCUGCACCAAUAGCACCUACAGUACCUGCACCAAUAGCACCUACAGUACCUGCACCAAUGGCACCUCCAUCUAUAACAGCAACAACUCCCUCAGGAAGCAGUAGGCGCAGUAGGCAAUUUGUUACUGCCACUAACUUGCAAGCACAAUUAUGGGAAAAAAGAAGGCAGAAGGAAGGGCAGAAGGAAGAAGAAGCACUUGGUCGUUGGGCAGAGUUAUUGACUAAAAUUCACACAGAUAAACAGUCAAACAUUUAGACUGUGAAGUUUUUUUUAUUUGAAUAGCUAGACUGUGAAGUUAUUAUGUGUUGUUUGCAUGGAUGCUUCUUUUUUGGACAGAUUACGGUGUGUAUUGUCUGGAUGAUUGUUUUUGGACAGCCACCCCUGUUGAGUCUAAAGCUUUUUGUUGUGUGUUUAGGGUGUGCUUCUGUUUUGGACAGAUUAAGGUGUGCUUCUGUUUUGGACAGAUUAGGGUGUGUAGUACAUAGAGUGAUAUUGCAUGGACACUUGUUUUUGGACAGAUAUGGGAGUUUAGGUUGCUUGUUGUAUUUGGCAGGGAAUCUGCUAUAAUGUGCUUUUAUUUUGGAUUUGAAUAACAUAUAUUUUGUAUUUUACUGUAUAUGCAUUGUAAUUUUGGUAUUGGGAUUAAUGAAAUGCAUAUAUUGACUUUUGUGAAUUGCUUUAGGUAAAUGACCAAUUGCCAAAUUUGCCUAUCUUUGGAUACCAGAAUGCUUUUGUGCAGAAAUUGGUAUAAAAAUGCAAUUGAAAC